CGGAAGGGCGCCCGGCGUGAGCCGGAAGUCCUCCGGCGGCCGCGCUAGUGGGCCGCAGUGACGCCGCCGGCGCCAUGGGCAAGAGGGACCGGGCCGACCGCGACAGGAAGAAGUCCCGGAAGCGGCACUACGAGGACGAGCAGGAAGAUGAGGACGACGCCCCUGGGAACGACUCCCAGGAAGCGGUGCCCUCGGCCGCCGGGAAGCAGGUGGAUGAGCCCGGCAGCAAAGUGGACGAAUAUGGAGCGAAGGACUACAGGCUGCAGAUGCCGCUGAAGGACGACCACGCGUCCAGGCCCCUGUGGGUGGCUCCCGAUGGCCACAUCUUCUUAGAAGCCUUCUCUCCAGUUUACAAAUAUGCUCAAGACUUCCUGGUGGCUAUUGCAGAGCCAGUGUGCCGACCAACCCAUGUGCAUGAGUACAAGCUAACCGCCUACUCCCUGUAUGCAGCCGUCAGCGUUGGGCUGCAGACCAGUGACAUCACUGAGUACCUCAGGAAGCUCAGCAAGACUGGAGUCCCUGAUGGAAUUAUUCAGUUUAUCAAGCUGUGCACUGUCAGCUAUGGAAAAGUCAAGUUGGUCCUGAAGCACAACAGGUACUUCGUUGAAAGUUCCCACCCCGAUGUCAUCCAGCAUCUUCUUCAGGAUCCGGUGAUCCGGGAAUGUCGCCUGAGGAACUCCGACGGGGAGGCUACUGAGCUCAUCACAGAGACUUUCACCAGCAAAUCCGCCAUUGCGAAGACUGCUGAAGGCACUGGUGGGCCCUCCACUUCCCAGGUGAUGGAUCCACAGGGCAAAUCUGACAUCCCCACGGACCUGUUUGACUUUUAUGAGCAGAUGGACAAGGAUGAGGAAGAAGAGGAGGAGACGCAGACAGUGUCUUUUGAAGUGAAGCAGGAAAUGAUCGAGGAGCUGCAGCGGCGCUGCAUCCGCCUGGAGUACCCUCUGCUGGCCGAGUACGACUUCCGGAAUGACUCUGUCAACCCCGAUAUCAACAUCGACCUGAAGCCCACAGCCGUCCUCAGGCCUUACCAGGAGAAGAGCUUGCGGAAGAUGUUUGGGAACGGGCGUGCCCGCUCCGGGGUCAUCGUGCUUCCUUGCGGUGCUGGGAAGUCCCUGGUUGGCGUGACAGCUGCGUGCACUGUCAGAAAACGCUGUCUGGUGCUGGGCAACUCAGCUGUGUCUGUGGAGCAGUGGAAAGCCCAGUUCAAGAUGUGGUCCACCAUUGACGACAGUCAGAUCUGCCGCUUCACCUCCGACGCCAAGGAUAAGCCCAUAGGCUGCUCCAUUGCCAUUAGUACCUACUCCAUGCUGGGCCACACUACCAGGAGGUCCUGGGAGGCCGAGCGGGUCAUGGAGUGGCUCAAGACUCAGGAGUGGGGCCUCAUGAUCUUGGACGAAGUACACACCAUACCAGCCAAGAUGUUCCGACGGGUGCUCACCAUUGUGCAGGCCCACUGCAAGCUGGGUUUGACCGCAACCCUCGUCCGGGAAGAUGACAAAAUCGUCGACUUAAAUUUUCUGAUUGGGCCCAAGCUCUAUGAAGCCAACUGGAUGGAGCUGCAGAACAGUGGCUACAUCGCCAAGGUCCAGUGCGCUGAGGUUUGGUGCCCAAUGUCUCCUGAGUUUUACCGGGAGUAUGUGGCCAUUAAAACCAAGAAACGAAUCUUGCUGUACACCAUGAACCCCAACAAAUUCAGGGCUUGCCAGUUUCUGAUCAAGUUUCAUGAAAGAAGGAAUGACAAGAUUAUUGUCUUUGCUGACAACGUGUUCGCCCUGAAGGAGUAUGCCAUCCGGCUGAACAAGCCCUAUAUCUAUGGCCCUACAUCCCAGGGAGAAAGGAUGCAGAUUCUCCAGAACUUCAAGCACAACCCCAAAAUCAACACCAUCUUCAUAUCGAAGGUGGGUGACACGUCCUUUGAUCUUCCGGAAGCAAAUGUUCUCAUUCAGAUCUCCUCUCACGGUGGCUCCCGGCGGCAGGAGGCUCAGAGGCUGGGGCGAGUGCUCCGGGCCAAAAAAGCUGUCUGGGAUUCACACGGACAUCCUCUGAGCUGAGCAGCCGUGUUGGCAGGUAGUAGGAGGAGCCAGGAAAGCAGUGCUGCAGGGGGGCAGCAGAGCUGGGCCUCCAGGGGAAGUGUCGGAGCCGGACGCUGUCCCCUGGCCUCAAGUCAGGAGGAGGGGCGGGCCUGGGAGGAACAGCUCAGUGGCUGCAGGAGGGACCCCUCGUGACCUCUGAGGAGAGUUAGCCGGGGGCAGCCUGCAGCUGCUGGCCAACUGCUGGGAAGGGGCCCAGAACCUGAUCACGGGCCUGGCACGGACUGACACUGCUAUGAAGAAAUGGCCACGUCUCCCCUCCUGGGGCCUGGCAGGGCCUAGGACAAGGACACAAGCUGUGUCCUCACAGAACUCACUUACCUUCGGAGAUACCUGGCUGUUUGACGAUGACGAGGCUGUGGGCACGAAUGGGAACUGCACUGUAUUUGAAUCCAGGUAGAUCUCAGAGAUUGGCAGCUUCAGUUCCAGGUCCCAGUGAUAAAGCGAGUCAGAGCAAUGUUUUGGUUUCCCAGUGCACAUAAAAGUUGAACUAUACUGUAGUCUGUUAGGUAUGCAAUGACAUGGUAUCUAAAAACACAAUGUACAGACCCUAACUAAAAAAUGUGCCAUUAUCUUUUUGCUGGUGGCUGCUGACGCAUCAGGGUGGUGGUUGCUGAAUGUUGGGGUGGCUGUGGCCAUUGGUUAAAAUAAUAACUAAUGAAGUUUGCCUCACUGAUUGACUCUUCCUGUCACUAGAACACUUAGAAGUUGUAGGUUAUUAACUGGCCUAAUUUCAGCAUUGCUGUGUCUCCGAAUAGGGAGACCUUGAGGAUGGGGGAUUGGCCAAUUGGUGGAGCAGUAUGAGUACACAACAGCACAACACUUACUGGUUAAUUUCUCCACUGUAUAUGGGUGUGAUCUGUGGCACCCCAAAACAGUUAGAGUGCAGUCACAGUUACCUGUGUGCGCUCCCUCUUCGGCCUGAUCCUCAGCAGCCUGCCCUCGGGUGGUGUGCUGUCUAUACGUGUCAGCAGCUCCGGCAGGCGAGCAGCAUUCUGGAAGCCAGAGGCAGCAGCUCUGCCUGAAGGUGAUGCAGCUGGGCUGGAGGGAAGGGGAUCUGCGGGGGUCCCGGAGGGAGCUGGCCCAGUCAGCAAACGCUACAGGGGAGCAGACAGCUUGCCAGGAAACCAAAGAGCAGUUCCAGGCCUGCCAGUGUGACAGGAGAAGACAAAGGGGACCUUGCCAAGAGAGGAGGUGCAGAGGAAGGCCACGGAGCAGGGGCUGGGUGGCGUGCAGGACACCCUGAAGCCCUUGUGCAGACACCCAGGCAGGCGCCUGCGUCCUGUGGGAUGGAUGCGGAGCGAGCAGUUGAUUUUACAUCUCACUUACCAAGAGAGGUUGGAAGGAGAGCCAAGAUUCUCCUCCCUCGCCUCUGAGAUGGCGGCUUUCAUAGAUCCAGAUGGCGGCCAUUCUUCGCACUGGGAAACCCUUGCCAACAAGAGCCUGUGCCCCUUCCCCCUGACUGCAGCCUGCAGGUCCUCAGAAGCUCUCUCCUCCCUGCGGCGGCCCUCACUUUGCUGAGACAGGGCCCAGCCCUUCUAGCCAGUCUCCUGCCUGCUUGAAAUCCUGUCCCAGAAACUGGACUGUUCCUGGGAAAAGGGCAAAGUAACCUGUAGAAGAGGUUUUGGCUUCCCAGAGAACCUCCCGUAGUGGAAUGGACAGGGGGAGGAGGGCACACAGGCUAAGUGGAUAGGGCACCCUGGGGCCAGCCUGUCAGUUUUACUGAAAUAUAUUGAAGUUUAUAAAUAAAAUACAUCAAAGAUAGCAUCACCAUAACAAAUAUAAUAAUAAUGAACACGUUUGAAAUACUGCAAGAAUUACUAAAAUGUGACACAGAGACUCAAGGUGAGCAAAAUGAUGUUGGAAAAUCAUGCUGACAGAUGUGUUCAACACAGAGCUGCCAUAGACCUUCAGUUUGUAAAAAUGCAGUAUCUGCAAAGGGCAGUAAAACAAGGUGUGUCUGUAUGUUUAAGAGACAGCAAAUCGGUUGUAUUUAGAAUGGAAACGGCAUGUUAGUAGCAAUAGCAUGAACUUGGCCCCCAAACCAGUCUUAAUGACCGUGGGCAAGUGAUUUGCCCUUCUGAGCCCAGUUUCCUGUCCAGAGUGGGAGUAGCUGUCCUGUCUUGUAGGAACAUUGUGAAGAAUAAGACUUAUGCAGCAGAAUAGAGCAGGCUGCUGGAUAAAUUGUAGCUUUUAUAAACUGACAGUAUGAUCUGACUAGCAUGUGAAAGUUAAUUCAUUACUUAGUCCUUACUUUUCACCACACAAAAAAGAAACAAAUCUAAUUUGAAAACCCCCUUUGAACUUCAUUAAAAAAAAAUACUGUUUGGGAUGUUUGACUAUUUUCUUUGCAUCUGUGAGCUCUUGAAAGAGUAGGAAACAAUUGAAUUCAGAGGCAGUACACAUACACUUAACCUACUCCUAUUUGAACUGUGAGGCAAAAAUAUUCAGAUUAUCCAGGCUGCAGUAUUUUCUGUCCUAGUUUCUGUGAUAAAUCUCUUUUUCUAGGUUUUCUCUCUGCGCUUUUUUUUUAGCAACAUUUUUGAGAUGUAAUUCACAUACCAUACAAUUGAUCCAUUUAAAGUGUACAGUUCUGUGAUUUUUAGUGUCAUCUCAAAGUGUGUAGCCAUCACCGCAGUCUAUGUUUGACCUAUUGUCAUUGCUCCAGAAAAGAUGUCCUUCACCAUUAGCAGUAACUCCUUGCUUCCCCUUGCCUCCUGUCCCCAGCCACAAGUAAACAGCUCAUCUGUUUUCUUUCCUAUGCAUGUGCCCAUUCGGGACAUUGCGGAUAAAUGGAGUAAUACGGUUUGGACCUUCCGAACUGCCUUCUCUCACUUAGCAUGAUUUCAAAAGAGUUAUCCACAGAUGAUUAUUAGCUUGUACCUAGUACCACAUUCUCUUUAUUGCUGAAUAACAUUCCACUGUUUGGACAUGCCACAUUUCAUUUAUCCAUUCAUCUGUUGAUGGACGUUGGGUUUUUCCACUUUUUGGUUCUUAGGACUAGUGCUGCUGUGAAAUUCAUGUGCAAAUUUUGUGUGGACACAUCUUCAGUUCUCUUGGGAAUAUAUACAGGCGUGGAAUUAAACGUCCAGGUCAUGUUUAACAUCUUAAUAAACUGCCAGACUGUUUUUCAAAACAGCUGCACCAUUUUAUUCUCACCAAUAAUGUAUGAGGUUCCAGCUUCUCCGCAUUCCCUGACAGCAGCUGCAAUUACCUUUUUGAUUCUAGCCAUCCUAGUGGCUAUCAUGUGGUGUCCUGUUGGGCUGAUUUGCAUUGUCCUUUCAUGGGUUCGUUGGCCGUUUGCUUACCUUCUUUGGAGAAAUGUCUGUUCAGAUCCUUUGCCUGUUUUAUAAGUAGUGGGUUGUUUGUCUUUUAAUUAAUGAGUUGUAAUAGUUCUUCCUAUAUUCUAGAUAAAAAUUCCUUAUCAGGAAUUGCUUUGUAAAUAUUGUCUCCCAUUCUGUGGGUUGUCUUUUCACUUUCUUGAUGGUGUCCUUUGAAGUAUAAAAGUUUGUAAUUUUGGUAAAGUUCCCGAGCAAAGUCAGGACAGUCACCUGCCUGGCUGCAAAGUUCUGCCGCUUCGCACUUGUUUUGGGGCUCUGGGCCCUUGGCUCCUGGCGCCCUGACAGCUGACACUGCCUU